CAUGCGCAUGGACUUGAAUAAUUUCUAAAAAUUCCUAUUUUCGGUUUUGAUAUUUCCUAGAAAGCGGAAGGUUAAACACAGUUUUUUCGAAAACAUGGAAAGAAAAAAAAAUGUUUUAUUAAUUACUUAUAAUGCGCCUUUGUCAUUGUAUCGUAAGUUAUAAUGAAUUAAUCAAUAUUGUUGUCAAAUCGAAAGUAGACAAGGUGGACGUUCAACUGGACAAGCGGAAGAAAAAGCAUUGAUUGAGGUCUAUUAAGGAGCAGCAAAAGAGUGUAACUAUGGCAACAGCAGGACCUGAUAAAAUCCAUCGAACAUGGUCUGUUAAUGACAAGUUCAAAGUGUCUGUAAAUAAGGACAAUCCAGAUUAUACAAAAGCUAAAAUGCAGUUUCAAUGCUUUUUUACAACAAGAGAUAAUGUUGGACUCAAAACAGAAGAAAGGUCAGGGAAGACAAUCGUGCAGUUUCCUGUUCCACAAGACAAAAACUCCCAUUCUAGGAGCACAUUAAAGGAAACUUUCAGGAAGUGUAUGAUAGACUUUGUUACAAAAGAUAAGAGUUAUGUGUUAAUAUCAAUUGACAAUAUUAAAUAUUGGACAAAGAGAGAAUUUUGUGAAGUUAUCCUGGAAGAAUUCAUUAAGUUGGCUGAAACGAAAAAUGCAAAACUUAAUCAUUCUGUAAAGUUAGAAUUUUGUACCUUGGAUGACCUCAACUUUGGAGAAGCUGUCAAAGCAUGUGAUGCAAAAAUAAAAGGAGUCAAGAGUAUACCAGUUGUACAGAAAGAUAGCAGAUCCCAUGGUCCAUCAGUUUGUAUUGUGAAGGGCAGUCUUGCAAAUGUCAAGGUAGAUGCAAUAGCAUGUACAACAUCACAUGAUUUUGACUUAUCACAUGGUGCUGUGUCAGCAGCCCUAUUAGGACGAGGUGGACAUGAAUUACAGAGAGAAUUGUACACGAAAUGUGGUGGAGCUCAAGCAUUUGGUGAAGUUAUACCAGUUUAUGGACACAAGCUUGAUUGUAGAGUGGUUUUCUUUGGUGUAAUGUACCCAUAUAAUCCUAAAUAUGCAAAGGGAUAUAAGACUUCAGAAGAAUAUUACUGUUCUAGCAUUCAUGACUUUGUACAGAGAUGUCUGAAUCUGGCUGAGAAGAGGCAGUUACGAUCUGUCGCCUUCCCUGCUAUUGGAGCAGGGGUUUUAAAUUAUCCGAUACAUGUUGUAGCUGAUGAAAUGUUUAGGACAGUUGAUGACUGGCGGGGAACCUAUGUCAAUGAAGUCAAAUUUGUAAUAUAUCCAAAGGACAAAGUAGUUUUACAGGAAUUUGAGCGAGCAUUGAAGAAAUAUGUUACAGUUUCAUCCAGUGAGAUACGUCAUUCAGGCUCAAUACGAACAUCACAUUUUAACAUUCCAAACCAGGUUCUCAAGUUGGGUCCUAAAGUAGAGUGCAGGUUCCCCUUACCAAAAGGAUAUACAAUAGAAAUUCAUUGA